AUGGGACUUGACAAAAUAAAAGUCAUCGAGGAUAAAGUAAAAUACACAGUUUUCAAUGAUCCUGUUCAUGGCACCAUUUCUCUUCACCCAUUUCUGGUUAAAAUAAUUAACACACCCCAGUUUCAAAGGCUCCGAAAUAUCAAACAACUUGGAGGAGCUUACUUUGUCUAUCCAGGUUCUUGCCAUAACCGAUUUGAGCACAGCAUUGGAACAGCGCACUUGGCAGGAAAACUUGUCCGCCAUUUGAAGGAAAAUCAACCAGAGCUUGGAAUUGAAGAUAAAGAUAUUCUUUGUGUGGAAAUCGCUGGUCUUUGUCAUGAUCUUGGCCACGGCCCCUUUUCCCACUUGUUUGAUAAUAAAUUCUAUAGUGCAGUGGGUGUGGAGAAAAUUGAACAUGAAGAGAUCUCGUAUGGAAUGUUGGAAUAUUUACUCAAAGAUAAAAGUAAUCGAUUCGAUCAAGCAGUUCUCAAAUUUGAUAAAAAUGAUUGGACUUUCAUAAAAGAAAUGAUCACAGGAAAACCAAAGAGAAAAAAAAUAGGCCGACCGUCUAAAAAAGAGUUUCUGUAUGAGAUAAUUUCUAAUGAGCGAAAUAAAGUUGACGUGGACAAGUGGGAUUACAUUGCAAGAGAUUGCUAUCAGCUUGGAAUGCAGAAUGGCUUCGAUCACAAUCGUUUCAUGGAAUUAAUGAGAGUAUGUAAGGUAAAAGGAAAACGGCAAUUGUGCGUUCACAAGAAAGAAUGCUUUAAUCUAUACCAAAUGUUUCACACGCGGUAUUGCCUUCAUCGUAGGGCUUACCAACACCCCGUUGUUAAUGCCGUUGAGGAAAUGUUCACCGAGGCUUUGGUUCAUGCUAAUGAACACGCUAUCGAUGGUAUGAAAUUGUCAGAAUGUGCAAAAAAGUUGAGUGUCUUCAUGAAACUUGAUGAUGGAAUUUUUCAUACAAUUUUGAAUUCGACAAAGAAGGAACUGAAGAAGUCAAGAGAAAUACUUGAAAGAAUAAUGAGACGAGAAAUUUAUCAGACAGUGGCAAACGAGAAGAUGGGAGAUCACCAACGCGGACGGGAGUACACGGAAGAACGUAUAAAAGAAAAGAUUGGUUUCCAACAAAAUUUGAGAGAAGAUUUGAUUGUAAAAAUAGUGAAGCUAAACUACGGAAUGAAACGGGAAGAUCCCGUUGAGCAGUAUAAUUUUUACUCUAAAAAAAAACCGAAGGUUGCUGAUUCAAUUUUGAAAGUCGAUAUUUCCAGCAUGUUGCCACCUGUAUUCGAAGAAUUUCGUCUGCAAAUAUUCUGUAAAGAUCCAGGAAAGUUUCGAGAGGCUAAGAAAGUUUUUGAAUCUUGGUGGAAAAAAGAAAUGCCGGAAGCACGCAAGAGAAAGUCAAAAGCCGAACAAGGCACUAAUAAGAGGGCCUGUAAAGGAGUAGCAAGUUUAGCACGCAAAUGA